GGUGCAACUAGAGGACGAGCAAGAGCAACUACAGCGGUUCACUGUCGGACAUUCAGCUCGCACGUCCUGCUGGAAGUUCGCAAGGAGAGAGGGGGAUUUCUUCUCGCCGUAACUUUAGUUAACUUAUUUAUUCGACAGUCUAGUAAAUACUAGAAUACCAACCAUGAAGUUACUAUGGGCGAUCAGUGCCCUUCUGUUGAGCUGUUGGAGAGCCAGUGCGUCCACAGUCCCGAACAUCAUUGCGGAACCUCUUGAGGUCGUCAACCAGACCUCUGCUAGGCUCAGCUGCAAUAUGACGGAUUCUGGCCUCGUCAUCAAGGGCUCCCACUGGAUGCACAACGGCAAAGUCAUCGAAAAUACCCAAACCACAAACCCCAACCCAUCCAUAUCCCUUGAGUUGGAAAAGAUCAUCCACAGCACUGGUGGAAAAUAUGAAUGUGUGUUCCUGACUGAUCCAGUGGUGCAGAAGACGAUUGAAGUCAAAACACUUCCCCAUGUUUCAGCUUACAAGCACUCUGAGCAUGGCAAUGAGAGGGACAAAGGUACAAUGGUCUGCGUGAGCCAUGGCUACCCACUGCCCACUGACUGGAACUGGUUCAAAGAGAAUCAAGAUGGCAGCCAAGUGCCCAUCAUCAACGGUACCGGCACGAAAUUUGAGAUCAAGAGCACCCCUAACAGGACCUCUCUGAUCAUUGAUGAUCUGAGCAUUGAAGAAGACAUUGGAUACUACAUCUGUGCUGGAACUAACGUGCUUGGCACAGCCACUGACAAGAUCCACCUGCGUGUCCGCAGUCGCCUGGCUGCUCUCUGGCCCUUCCUCGGCAUUGUGGCUGAGGUCAUCAUCCUGGUGACCAUCAUCUUCAUCUAUGAGAAGAGGAGAAAGCCUGAUGAGGUCAAUGACGAUGACGACUCAGGAUCUGCUCCUCUGAAGAGCAACUCUAAUGCAAAUCACAAAGACAAGAAUGUGAGGCAAAGGAAUUCUAACUAGAAGCUGAAAUAGAUAGACGUCCAGAUGGCAGUCCAAGAUUGGCUAUCAUGCGGCACGUUAUGUUGUGCACCCUGCAAUUUUAAGAACCUUUCUGUGCUUGAGUGUUAAUGUAAUAAGAAGCUGAUUUGAUUUCCUCGUUUUAUUUUCUUCUAUAUUCUUCUCCACAUUGUGCAGCCAGAGAACAUGGUGUGAAAUACUUCCUGCUUGAGGCCAUGGGGCAAAUAUUGCAUGAGUUUAAAUGCUGUUCUAGCAAAAGUAUGUGUUUGUCGUAAAGUCAUGAGAAUGUCCACGCGGGAAAUGCUUAGUUUGUGGUUGUUUUCUCUUCAUGCUAAUGCUUUCUACACUGACCUCACAGAUGUCAGUCUUUGAUUUUAUAUUCUGAAAUUUGGAGUAGUUUCUUGUAAAGCAGGACAAAUUAUGUUUACAGGAUCUGAAACCCUUUUCGAUCAUGAUGCAUCACUGCCGUUCUUAUAACAACGACUGGAGUGUGUGAAUUCACAUGUAUGAUCUGUCACUAUCCCAUCACAAAAGUCCUUUAGCAGAGUUUUAUACUUUGCCUUAACAAGCACCAUUUCUCUUUCGUCUUUUUGCAUUUUGUUUCCUGCUACAUGAUUUCAAUGUGACUAAAAUUAAAUGCAGAAAUGACUAAGAUUUAAUGUCUGCUAGGUUUGUUUUUUUGCCAUAAGAAAUUAUAGUUCUUUUGAGUGGGAAAGCAGUGUCUUGUAAAUCAUGCUUUUUUUUUCCUUUUCAAAUUAUGUAAAUUAAAGAUUAACCACUGUUUUCGUUGCUGUAGUCACAGCCACAGUAAAGAAUCUCUUGUAAUUGUCUAACUUUUAAAAUUUGAGGACCAAGUGCAAAAGAAAUGUAACAUCUGUUGCUUCUGUUGAAUGCAACUUUAACAUUACGCACUGAUGUUUAAAUCUAAAAACAUUUACUAAGAUGUUUUCUUUUUAAUUUAACGUGAUCUGAGAUAAAAACAUGUGUGCGAUUGUUGGAACAUCAUCUCUGUUCCCUUUACUGUAUAGAUGAUUCAGAAGCCAUAUGUUCAUUUAGCCUGAGUAGUGUUGUGAUUGGAUGUUACCAUUUCAGAAUUAUACAAAUAAAAAUGACCUAGCCAGAAUUGUGUAAAUCGUUGUACCUUCUUAGUACAAGAAAUACCAUCUGUUGUACAACUUGCACAAACUGAAUAAAGGUAUUUGAUUUUA